AUGCAAUCGAGGGCUAAGUCACGGAGCUGUGACAACUACCUGUGCAUAAAGGACAGUGAGUCGUUGGACAGCUGUAUCCAGAGCACACUGUCGUCCCUGUACCGGCCGUUCAAAGCCACAGCCUCCACCGUCCUCUGGCAGCUCUUCAGCGUGGUGGAGAGACACUACAGAGGAGACGGCCUUCGCUGCUUCAUCGACUUCUUGCUUCCAGCCAAAAGGAUCUUACAGAUAAUCCAACAAGAAACCUGCGCCCAGUUUCGAGGUCUGCUGCUCUAUCAUGAAGGCUGGCCGCUGUGCAUUCAAGACAAAGUGGUGGUGCAGCUCUCCCCUCUGCACAAAGUUCAACUGAGGCAAGGCGACUUCUACCUGCAGAUCGUCCCCUUAGGCCGAAAGACCGCCAAACUCGUCAUAAAAUGCCUAUGUGCGAGCGGACAAGCCCUGGCGGAGAUCCUCAUACCCGAGAGCAUGUACGGCACCAUCUUCACCGUUGAUUUCUUGCAGAAUGUAACUCGCGAUCGCAACAUUCCCCCUCUUCAGAACUGCCUCCUGACCACGGGCACCACAGUGUUCCGGACGCAUUGGAAGAACGUGGCCAACCCCGUGUUUGUGAGCAGCACCUCCGACGCCAUCAUGCAGGCGCGAAGCAUCGGCCGCACGGGUUUCAAGGGACAUCUGAGCACAUGCAGCACUAGCGGAUCCACCGGCACUUUGGAUAGCCACCUCAGCUCCAGAGAGUCCUUGCAUUCUCAGGGAACCGAUUCUAUCUUCUCCGCUCCGACUUCUCCGAACAGGAAUUACAGUCAGUCAUGUGAGAGCAACGAAACCUCUCCUAUCAUCAAUAACAACACUAUCUCGAACGAGCAGGAGGACGGACGAGAAAAGACAUGUAAAUCUGUUUCUAUUAGCACUGAUUUGAGUAAUCCGGGACCACGCAGGCGCUUAUCCAGGGAUUCGGUGGCCUUUGAAAGCAGGCGACUGUUCAGGAAGUCUUAUAUGGAAGCAUUGCAAAACCCGAUGGCUUUAGGUUCUAGCUCCGAAUCCAUAUUGGAAGAAAGUUCAGACCAUAGCGCCAGUCCGAUACACAGUGAAGGUCUGGGAUCGAACAGCGACAGCCAGGACCUCCGCAGCCCCCAAGAGCACUUGUCCAGGAGGCCAGGGAGCAGGGGGUGGUUGGGUGGGGAGGACAGGCCCAGUACGCCUCUCCUGUACCUGCAGAGAGGGCUCCGAGGAGGGGAGAGGAGGCCGGACAGACGCUCCAAGUCGCUGGAGAGGACUAACAAGGCGGCGCAGUUGAAAGGGCACAGGGAGAGGUCGUCGUCGGGAGGGUCGUCAGGGUCGGGAAGCAUCUCGCCCAAAAAACUCAUGAACGGAUACGCACUGCGCUUUGGGAAGGUGGACGUGGAGGCGGCUUUCCAUCGCCUGGACAGAAGAGGCAGCAAAGACGAGGCAGUGCAUCCUGAAGGCAGCAGUGAAAGCAGAAGGAGGAGGUUCAGUGUGGAGGAGGUGAUGGCUCCCAGGUCUCCAGCCAACGGGAUUGUGCUCAGACCACCCUCCACAUCUAGCUCUGCUCCCGUAGAGCACAUACCUCUGCCUACAUCAGCAGCAGAGGUCCACCAGGAGCUACUCAUUUCCGGGGCUGUCAUGCUACCAGGUACCCAGGACCGUGGGGGCCACUCCGUGCUGCAGCUGUGCUCCAGAGCUCAGGUCUGGGAGAGCGUCACAGCCUCAGACCUCACCUGUUUACUCGCCUACUACCACUCCACUCUCAGAAAAGAGCGGCGGGACAUGGGCCUGACGGUUGUGGUGGAUGGCAGGAGGCAGCAGCCCUGUGCAGCUCUGUUGUCAUCUCUGCCUGAAUUACAGAUAUUAACGCCAAAUGCACUUUAUAUGGUCCUGUUCCUGGUGGACAAGGAGACGGCGAUGAAGCCAGAGAAAGACUUCGCUGUACAGACGGAGGUGCUGUCGUCUCUGAAGGCCUUACAAAAGCACAUAGACCAAACUCAGCUCACACGAGAGCUGGACGGCAGCUUCUCCUACGACCACAGCCACUGGAUCAGCUUCAGACAGAAAAUUGAGCCUUUUGUCAGCAGUUGUAACAAAGCCAUCUCUUCACUUCAGCAGUCCAUCAGCAUGCUGGGAAACAAUGGGAGUCUGAAUACAUCUAAGGAAGUGUCUGAAGUGAUGGAAAGGCAGAAGCAGCUGAUGAAGUGUGUGUUGGACGACACCAGUCUGAACAGGCUUCGUCUGGAAGGAGGAACAGUCCUCGCACGCAUCAAGAAGGAAGAAGUGUGCGAGAACGAAAACUACAGGGAAACAAUUGAGAUGCUGAACACUUUGUACAACCAAGUGGACGAGGAGGUGCACAAACUGGUGAUUCUGUCUAACAAGGCUCAGAAGCAGCUGGAGGGCGUCCUGGAGGUUUGCACGUUUGAGGAGCGGACCAACCAGAUUAAAAUGUGGUUCAGUGUGGAAGGAGAGAAGAACCUCGCUCCUUUAGACUCACAAACUUUGAGUCUGGAUAAAAUCAAAGAAAUGAAAGAUGGUCUCGAGCACUUUGUGGAGGAGUCUGUGCACCAGCAGAGGUUGGGUCUGCAGCUGGUGAAGGAGGCUCCUCCGUUACUCCCAGGUUCAGUCCUAAUGGACUUUAAGCAGCACCUGGGCUCCGUCUUAACCCGAGCGGAGAGAAGGAAAAACCAGCUGGACAUCCUCAGCAACCUGUACGAGUUCUACGACUCGGCCAAUCUGUGGAUGGAUCACUGUCAGGAGUACUUCCACCAGCUGAGCCUGGACAGCAGCAACAUCUCAGUCCCUCCCUCCGUGGCUCAGACCCUGCAGGAUUAUUGCACUGAAGCUUCUAAGUUCUCCUUGGAUAACUUCAGCACACUAAACCACAUGGUCCUGUCUCUGGAGAGCCCACCGCAGCUGCAGAAGUGGAACUCUGUGUGGCACAAGUGUCAGCUGACCAAAAAACAGCUGGAGGAAACACUGUCGCGCGUUUCGGCUUCCACAAACGCACCUCGUCGCAAUUCGUCCGCCGACCACGAACGCUCGCUCCUACCUCCUCUGCUGCCUUUCGAGGACAAGCCCCAUUCAGCGGGGCCCUUCUCCACCCCCUCCACUCCAUCCUCCACGCAUUUCACUUUCCCUGAAACAGACGGCAAGUUGAGUCCGUCCACGUUUGAAGACACCGACAGCGAUUGCACCUUUGACUCUGUUUCUUGCCAUUCGGAGCCGGUUUACUCACCCAAGUCUCGUCCGUACAAGCAGCCGAUGAAGAAAAUCAUGAAGAAGACUUUGAGUUAUGAGAUGACUCCCCGGGACAGCAGUCACUCAGACGGAGCCCACGCACACGGAUACACGGGCGUCUAUAUAAAAGGGCUGGAAGUGGCUAAUAAUGUUUCAGCCGAGAAGAAGCUCCAGAGGCCGAACGUGACGAGUCCCGUCUUAGGUCGCAGCCGCAGCAUGUCCACUCCGUCACGACUGUGCGAGGGAGAGGCCAAGAAGCAGAGCAGUAAAGUCCAGCACAUUAUGGACGAGAUGAUCUCCACAGAGAGAGAGUACGUCCGCUCCCUCAGCUACGUCAUCCAGCACUACUUCCCGGAGAUGGAGCGGCUGGAUCUGCCCCAGGACCUCAGGGGGAAGCGCUCCAUCAUCUUUGGAAACGUGGAGAAACUUUGGGACUUCCACACUCACUACUUCCUGAAGCAGCUGGAGUCCUGCGCACACUCGCCUCUGUCCAUCAGCAGCUGUUUCCUCAAACAUGAGGAUCAGUUUGGUAUGUAUGCACUGUACAGCAAGAACAAGCCACAGUCGGACGCUUUACUCUGCAGCCACGGCAACGACUUCUUCAAGAACAAGCAGCUGGAGCUCGGGGAUAAGAUGGACUUGGCGUCGUAUUUGCUGAAGCCGAUUCAGAGAAUGAGUAAAUACGCUCUGCUGCUGAAGGACCUGAUAAAGGAGUGCGGUCAGUCCCAGGAGCAGGAGCUGAGUGACCUGCGCACCGCCGAGGACAUGGUCAAGUUUCAGCUGCGCCAUGGCAACGACCUGCUGGCCAUGGACGCCAUCCGAGGCUGCGAUGUUAACCUGAAGGAGCAGGGUCCACUGCGCUGUCAGGACGAGUUCAUCGUGUGGUGCGGACGCAGGAAGUACCUCCGGCACGUCUUCUUGUUUGAAGAACUCAUCCUCUUCAGCAAAACCAAGAAGAUCGAGGGCGGAUACGACAUCUGCAUCUACAAACAGUCCUACAAAACCGCAGAAAUAGGCAUGACGGAGAAUGUUGGUGACAGCGGCCUGCGUUUCGAGAUUUGGUUCAGAAGGAGGAAAUCCCAGGACACGUUCAUACUUCAGGCCAGUUCUGCCGAGGUCAAGGCUGUUUGGACAGCGAUCAUCGGCAAGAUCCUGUGGAGACAAGCGCUGAGGAACAGAGAGUUACGCAUGCAGGAGAUGGUGUCCAUGGGAAUAGGAAGUAAGCCUUUUAUGGACAUCAAGCCGAGCGAAGCAGCCAUCAGUGACCGAGCCGUUGACUACAUCAUGAAAGGAUCAGAGUGGAGGACGCGGGCCUCCAUCGCCGUGCCUCUGUUCGAACACUCGUCGUCGGUGAAGCGCCCUCACUCAACCAUCUCCAACAGCAGCACGUCGUCCUCCAGUAGCCAAUCCUCCUCUUCUCUUCUGGGCUCCUUAAACCUGCACAUGUACUUGUCCCCCUCUCACCCACACCCUCACCCCGUGUCCAGUGUGAGCCCCUUCGGACAGUGGCCUUACGACUGCAUAGAAGAAGACGAACUGGAGCAGGACAGCAGCCAGCCCUCCAUGAUCCUGGAGAGCUCUGAGACGUCCUCCCAGUGCACGUCCAGUGACAGUGCCUCUGGUCUGAGCACGCUGACUCUGGCGGGACCCUCCGUCCUGGACUCUUACAACAACAACAGUGACUCCACCUCCUUCCUCUGCCCAUCCAGCCCCCCCUCAUCCGACAUCUCUCCCUCCAUAUUUGAGAAAGACGAGGAUCUACAACCCCAGGGCACUAACUUUAUCACAGCUGUAAGUUUAUCAAAGAGUGAGAGUGAAGACCCGCAGGCCGCUCACUCUCUGCUCUUGUGUCUUGUGUCAGCAGAGCACAGCGGCUCACUUAGCUCGGAGCCUCUCCACGAUGGUCUGACUGUGGCUCACUGUGAAGUCCUGGAGCUGGACGUCCUGUGA